AUGGCUGAGAUAGGUGGAGGAGGGUCAGCUAAUGGACACCAUGCGGAGACACUUGAUAUAAAAGAUGAAGCAGUUUCUUCAACCGCCAAUUCUGCCUCCCUUUUCACUAUUCCUUUUCUGCCAAAAGUUGGUAGCCGAGUUUCUGGGAACAUAUUUCAUGGUGUUUGCAGGGUGUGGGGUGGUGGUGGUGGACGUGGAGAAGGAUCAUGUGAUCGGUCAAGUUGGAAUUGCCAUCGUAUGGGGAGUGGUGGUGAUGGUGAUGAUUUACUCCGUAGGCCACAUCUCCGGUGCCCAUUUCAACCCUGCGGUCACCAUUGCUUUUGCCUCUUGCAAGAGAUUCCCUUUAAAAGACGUUUUUGCAUACGUAGCUGGUUCAAAUCCUCGCAUCAACUCUUGCAAGUGGAACCCUACGAUUAG